UCCCGAGGCGAGAGAGCGGCGGCGGCGGCACCCUCCCGCUGCCCCCCCUCCCAUACAUUCUCCGGCGGGGAGGCGCCUGGUGGAUGGAAGCGCCCUGCGAGAGACCAUGGCCAGCGUCUCCUCCUUUGGCAAGUAUACCCACGCCAUUGUCCGCUGCAUCCCUUCCUCCUUCGGCACGGCGGAGACGGCGGCAGACGGGUCCGAUGGCGGGGCUGAGCCUGUGGACCUGGCCAAGGCCCACCGGCAGUACGGCGUCUACACGGGCAUCUUGCGCCAGAAGCUAGGGCUGCAGGUCAUUGAGCUGGCUGCGGACGAGGGCCUCCCCUGCUCCACGCUGGUGGGGGACCUGGCGGUGAUACAGGGAGACACUGCGCUGCUGACGCGGCCAUGGGUGCCGUCGCGGCGGGACGAGAUCAGCAGCGUCAAGAAGGUCUUGGAGGAGUUAAAACUCCGAGUGGUGGAGGUAACAGAUGAAGGAGCCACCUUGGAUGGAAGCGAUGUCCUGUUCACAGGUAGAGAGUUCUUCGUGGGCAUUUCCAAGUGGACUAAUCACAGAGGAGCAGAGAUGGUUGCGGAUGCUUUCAGGGAUUUUGCGGUGUCUACAGUUCCUGUCUCGGGUACGUUGCACCUCCGCAGCUUCUGCAGCAUGGCUGGCUCUGAAACGGUUGUCGUUGGCAGCAGCGACGUGGCCAAGAAAGCCAUGAAGACCAUGGAACAAUUGACCGAUCACCACUAUGAAACACUGACUGUGCCGGAUGACCCGGCUGCAAAUUGCAUCUAUGCUCGGCUUGGUCAGAAGAGCAGCGUGCUUCUGCAUCGCAGUGUUGAGGAAUAUCCUAACAGCGUACAACCCUUCCAGAAGCUUCCGGACUACACCCUCAUCCCUGCGGCUUGCACUGAGGUGGCCAAACUUGGUGGGACUCUCAGUUCCUGCUCUCUUCUCAUCAACAAGAAGCUGGAGAUCUAGUGCCUAUCGAACCCCACAAUAAAACGCAGGUUCUUGCAUUCCCUCGA